AUGAUGCACCCAACCCACAAGAUUUACACCUUCUUCCUCCUCCCAUACACCGCUACCCUCCCACCUUGGAUCGACUGGAUGUCGUCUACGGACCGUGCAGCCAACGGCGCCAUCAUUGCCGGCCACCUGGCAGCUGGCGACGACAACGCCCUCCUGCCGUUUGUUGCUGGAUUUUCGCCGCCCGAGCGCCGCGUCUUCCUGCAGCGUCUCAUCGAGACGGCUUCGUUUGAACUGGGAGGCCGGCUGGUGCGCAACACCAUCAUGGCCGAGCUCUACGACUUGCUUCACCAGGGUGCGGAGGCCCGCCGUUUCCUCCUUCCAGACUUUUACCUCAAGUCUCCCUUCCCCGUCUUUGAUCUCGCGCCCUUGGGUGGUCAGGGUACCGACCCCAUCUUUAACAGACCCGAAAGACUUCAGGCGCAUAUCCUGAAGUUCUUGAGGCAACAAGGCAGAACUGUUCCCGACAUCGUGUGGCGUCCCCGCAAAGCCAGCUUUAUGGGCUUCAACGACCUCGUUACGCAUUGGGACCCUGACCAGGUGCGCCUGGUGGCCUACGAGGAGGUCGACACCAAGACCGCAGAGCGCAUCCGGGCCUACGGUUCUCAACGGCUCGCAGACGGCGUGAUCGACUGGCUCGUUGACGCCGAGAUCGUGGCAGAGUUUGGUGUGGCGCCAACUCAACUCAGCCUUGCCCGCAAUAUUUCGCGCAAGAAUCGCCGCGCGUCUGACACCGCCGUCUCGCGCACUGCUCUUGAGGCCCUUCGUCGCCGUUGGGAGGCCGACCCCGACACCGAUGCCGACCUCUACGUCAGUGUCCACCCCCGUGCGCGUGGCGAUGCCCGCAUAGUUUUCUCGGGUUACCCGCUGUGGCAGAUUUUCCACGGCUACGACCAAGAAAGAGGCAUCACGGCUGAGCAGCGUCACGAGAUUAACGAGAAGGGUCGCCUGUUUGGAUGUGUGAUCCACCGGUGUGAGAACAGUCGCGAGCGAAUGGCCGAGCGUGGCAUCGACCCCGGCUACUGGUUUCCCUGCGGCAACCUGCCGCAACUCUCGUCCGAGAACGGACGUCCUGAGCACACGCGGUAUCUGUGCGCACGCCACUUUUACUCGUUCGAGUUCCUCGACGACAAGAAAAACUGCAUAGGUGCCACCCUCAACGUCACCCGUGUCGUGUUGGAGCAUCCCGAAGAGCUCGCCGUCAUUCACCGCUGGGGUCAUUGCCAUGCAAACAACUGCCCCAACGUCGGCGUCCCUGUUCCUCUCCGGCCGGACCCCUUUGCUGUUUUCCCCUUCGUCUGCACCAUGUGCUACUGGCGGCGAGACAACCAGCUGCCCGAGAUCGAGGCUCUAGGCAAACAGGCUCUGGCCAAGGGAAGGUUUGCCGGCGUCUUCCAAAAGGACUACUUGGUGGACUGCUGCGUUGAGGGAUGCCCGAAUCCGGCGGUUGCGGGCGACAUUGGUCACCAGUGCACAGUUCUCAGCCGCUUCGGAUACCAUUGCCGCGAUGGUUCCGCGUGCCGCUCGUGCUGGUCGACGAGAUACGGCGGUAUUCCGAGGGCCCAGGAUGUUCUCGCCAAGUACGGUAGCCCAUCCAAACCAAAGCCUGGCGUGAUCAUCAAGACCAACCUCCUCAAUGGAGCGGUUCUCGACCUGUACGCCACGUCCGCCUCCACAGAGGGAGCCCUGGAAGCUCUUAUCAUCGAAAAGUCAAUCCAUCUCGCGAUCCACCUCUAUCCCGUUCCCAUUAGCGUCACUUUUGCGAAGGCGCUACUGCGUAACAAAAUUCGCAAUGAGAAGAUCGCACAGACGGGUACCUGGCUGAGGCAUCUGCGAGAGGACGCCGCCACUUGGGUACAGGAUGUGGCUGCUGCUGCUGCGGAUGACAGUGCGGGAGACGAGGAUUAG